AACAGAUCUUGGCCGGACAUCCAAUUCCACAUGGCACCAGCGAGUAUUAAUUCCGAUGCAGGUGCGAGAGUCCGAAAAGUUUUAGGAAUCACCGACGAGCUCUACAACACCGUCUACAGGCCGAUAGCGAACCAAGAUGUGUACACAUUGAUGCCUCUUCUGCUUAGACCACGAUCUAGAGGUUGGGUCAGACUGAGAAACAAGAGUCCCUUCUCUGCACCACUUAUAAAUGCCAAUUACUUCGAUGACCCGAUCGAUGUCAAAACUUUGGUAGAAGGUGCGAAAAUAGCCAUAAAUAUUAGCGAAGCCAAAGCGUUCAAGAAAUUUGGUAGCCGCCUGCAUAGCAUCCCUUUUCCCAAUUGCAGGCAAUACGAAUUCACUAGUGACAAGUACUGGGAGUGCCAUAUCAGGACCAUAUCGAUGACAGUCUACCACCCCGUAGGAACGUGCAAGAUGGGACCUGCUUGGGACCAAUCAGCUGUAGUAGAUCCUAGACUGAGAGUGUACGGCGUGAGUGGUCUGAGAGUUAUAGACGCCUCAAUAAUGCCCACAAUACCGAGCGGGAAUACAAACGCGCCCGCUAUAAUGGUGGGAGAAAAGGGUGCGGAUUUAGUGAAGGAGGAUUGGUUGGGAAGGACAAGUAGUGUAUAGUGUGCGGUAUCGGAGAAAAAAACUGUCAAUUUUCGUGUGUGAAUGAGUACAUAAUUUUCUGUAAUAAAAAUGAAAUUAUCU